GUGGUCUCGAGGACCUCCUCCGUUCUUCGGCCGAGGCGAAGGCAUGUUCCCUGCUCAGGAGGAAGCCGACAGGACGGUGUUUGUGGGAAAUUUAGAGGCCCGAGUGCGGGAAGAGAUUCUUUACGAGCUGUUCCUUCAGGCUGGGCCAUUAACCAAAGUGACUAUCUGCAAAGACAGAGAAGGAAAGCCGAAGUCUUUUGGGUUUGUCUGCUUUAAACACCCAGAAUCGGUGUCUUAUGCCAUAGCUUUGCUGAAUGGAAUUCGUUUAUAUGGAAGACCAAUUAACGUGCAGUAUCGAUUUGGGAGCUCUCGCUCUUGUGAUCCAGCUAACCAAAGUUUUGAGAGCUGUGUUAAGAUAAAUUCACACAGCUACAGAAAUGAAGAAGUCGUGGGCAGAACUUCCUUUCCCGUGCAGUUCUCUCCAAUUAAUAAUGCAGCUUUACCUCAGGAAUAUCUUUUCUUUCCGAAGAUGCAGUGGCAUGCAUAUAAUCCAGCACUGCAGCUUCCUUACUAUGAGAUGACAGCACCACUUCCUAAUAGCACUUCUGUGUCUUCCUCACUGAAUUGUGUUCCAGAUCUAGAGGCUGGACCCAGCUCUUACGAAUGGGCUCACCAACAACCAAGUGACUCUGACCUUUAUCAGAUGAAUAAACGCAAGAGGCAAAAACAAACCAGUGAUAGUGAUAGUAGCACAGAAAACAAUAGAGGAAAUGAAUAUAGCCAAAAUUUCCGAAAGUGUAAGAAAAAAAGAUACUAGUAUUUACAUUCUAAUGAAAUGUAUCUACACUGGUCUUCAUUCUCUUAAAAGAAAAGAAAAAUCUGUAUUCCACUAAAUGACCAAUUCCAUGGCUUUCUUGUCUUCUUUGAAAUAUAUAAUAAUAUGACAUCUGAUUUGCUAUUCAAUUUUUGUCUUGAAUGACAAAAACUUAAAAAUAAUAUAGUGUGCUUUUUGUAUUUGUAAUGGUGUUGUUAACAAGAAAUGCACUUUGAGUUGUUAUAUUUUAGUAUUAUAAUGAACUUGCACUAAACUAUUAAUCAAAAGUCACUUACUGAGCACUUAUGGAUAAGGCACCAUGCUCUUCUAGACUCUCGCCUGUAACCCUCGGCUGUAAAUAGUCUGAGAUGAGAAGUGGAGUGGUCAAUUUUCUGAAUGAAACUGGUGUAAAUAUUUGAGUUGCAUGUUUUACCUAAGAAAACAGAAUAAGCAGAGUUUAGUUUCCUCUAUUACUAAUAUUUAAUUUUUUAUGUCUAAAUAUGUUAUCUCCGAGCCUUAUUCUCAUACACGUUUAUUUAAUAAAAUGAUGUAUCACAGUGAUACCAAAGGAAAGAUGAUUAUCACAUGGCUAGUUUUUGGUCCUUCCCUUUUCAUAUGAUUGUGUAUAAAUAGGAAUACCUGCCUUUAGUUGGCUAUGUCAUUAUUUAUUAUCCACCUCUUUUGCCAACUGGGUUUGAGAGGGUGUAUUUGACACAUUUAAAUCUUGGCAAUGAAUAAUAUAUGAAAUGAUAUUUCAUUAAUGUAUGAUAUUUAAUGUUUAUCAUCAAAUCAAGUUUCCUAUUUCUGAAUCAUUUAUUUGCAGAAGGUAA